CGAAAGUUUGAUCUUCAGCCGUUUAGUCGAAAGCACACAGAUAAGGCUUCCAAUGAAACUGAUAAAGGUUACACUAGUGUUCAGCUUACUGGCUCUCGUAUUUGUGGCCCAAACGGAGGCGCAAAAUCCAAUAUGGGAGAAUUGGUUGGCAUGCAAUAGAAUUGGUACUAAAGCGCUUGCCAGUCUGCUGAGAGAAACAAUCCCAACUGUUCGCAAUUUACUGAACUGCAUUGACUUCAAUCCACCAACCGAUAUUGGAAAUAGUUACCUUUCAAAACUUAAGUUGUACUAUGAGCUUGUUAAGCGAGGUGCGCUUGACAAGACUCAGUGUCUGAUUGUGCCACUCAAGGAAUCAGUGAGACUACUGAGGCCUUAUGUAAAAUCGCUUGAGACCAACAAAUGCUUGGGUGAAUAAAUCACUAUUUUGGCCAUAAUAAAAUAAAUUUCUGAGCAUUAAUAAAGCACAGC